UGCUUUUAUUUUGCUUAACCAAAAGGGGAAGGCAACAUCAAUACCUGCUCUACUAUGACAGCUCCGCUGGAGCAGAAACAGAAACAGAAACAGACAGCUCUGUUUCGAUUCUCGCCUAUUUCCUAUUAAUCAACGACACCUUCAAUCAAGCAAGAACCUUUUUGGUUGGGUCUGUGCAACCUCAAUGGGUCGCAGGCAAACGGAUUCAGAACUCGGUCGUUAUGCACUCCUCGUCCUCUUCUUGCUGGCCAUAAUCUCCUGCUGCAUGGUUUACCUCUGCUUCUCUCUAGUUUUCAGACCCAGAACAAUAUCUCUGGAUUCAGGAGUCAGUAAAUUUGUGGAGAGUAGACAGCCAGAAGAUGGCGAUUGUUGCAGAGGGAUUGAGCAUUUGGAGCUGUGGGGUGAUGCCGUCAAGUGGGGCUCUGAUUUCAGGGUCAAUUCUUCGAAACAGUGUUGUAUGGCUUGUAAGAAUAUGUGUAGUGGUGAGGGUGGACCUUGUUUGUGUGAUUCUUGGGUGUUUUGUGAGGAUAAACAGGCUUGUGGAUCUAAAUUUGGCGAGUGUUGGCUGAAGAAACAGAAGGAUCCCUUGGAGCCUGAUCGGAGAGACUAUGGUGACCAAGUUAUGUGGACCUCUGGGCAAGUUUUUGGAAAAGGAGAGGGCAUCGUUGGACUGGAAACAGAAUAUGGGAUACUUCAUAUGAAACUUUUACCAGAUUGUGCCCCGCAUUCUGUUUCCUAUAUUCUUGAGUUGUUGACAUUGGGUCAUUGUGCGGGUUGCCAUUUUUAUCGUGCUGAAAGUCGUGGAAGGUUUUGGGAUAUAGAAGGAAACCAUCUCAAACAGGCUUCAUUUGGCCCUCCAUUUGCACUUGUUCAAGGAACACUUGAAGCCCACGGGACAAUAUUCAAGGAUAUUCCUACAGAGGCAUGCCCUACCAUAAAAAGAGGCUCAAUUGCAUGGGUUGGUUCUGGUCCAGAAUUCUUUAUAAGCUUGGCUAACCACAACGAAUGGCGAAAGGCAUACACUGUUUUUGGCUUUGUUCUUCCUGAGGAUAUGGAAAUCGUAGAGAAAAUUGCACAUCUUCCAACCAAACCAGAGGUUUGGAGUAAUAUUAAUGUUGCUGUCCUGGAAAAACCUGUUCAAAUACAUUUCCGAAGAAUUAGAAGUCCUGGAAGCCUUAACAGAGAUUCCAGUAGAUCUUUAGAGUAAGAAGAUGCUUCGAUGGCCAUGCUCUUGCCUUCUUCUUCUUCUUUUGAAGUACUUGAGAUGAGGGGGUGGUGUGAGACCCAAUUCUUCUGUGGUAGUCGGGUCUAUGUGAUACCGUUACAAGUUGUAGAUAAACAAUUAGACAAAGGAAAAGGAAAAAGAAAAAGAAAACAGUAUAAUCUACUUUAUCGGCAUGGUGAAUCUGUGUUGAGGUGUAUGCAUCUGCUGAGAGGUAAACCCUCAUUUCUUUCUGUUGUUUCUCAUUUUGGAGCUAAAUCAAUGAAGAAUUAUAAUUUCAAGUGCU